AACAGAACGCCUUGGUUUUCUCUUACACAUGGUGACUAAACUUGAAGUUGGACUACAACAUUAUUUUCUUUGUCCACUCACACUUUUUGAGUGGAAAUCAAACCUAACUUGUGUUUGAGUUAACACUAGUUGAACUUUUAAUGCCAAAACAGCAAACAUGCUGUGACUUACAUGGGGUUAAAUGAUGGUGACCUGAUGUUCUGUCUCCAGUGGUUUCAUCAGAUGUACCAUUACAAAUCCAAAGCAACAAAAACACAUCUCACUGAAUCCUUUCAAACUAGAAUGUCCCUGAAUGUUCUGCAGCACAGUUACUGUCAGUGAUCUCUGUGCACAUCUGUUAGAGGCUGAGACAAAUGAUCUAUGGACGCAGAGGGCAGAGAGUUGAACCUCACACAGGAUGGUCUGACUGAAGUGACGUGGCGUAAAGAUGACAAAAGACGAAAGUCAGGUCCUCCAUCAGCAAGACCAAGGCAGAAAUUCCAGCAACAAAAAUCAGAUGCUGUGGUAGUCGAGGACGCAAACUCUGUCUCUUCAGAGCUGGCCAGCUGGAUCAAAGCCAACGCUAAAAACCUCAAGAUUCGGCAGAAAGACCGCUGCUGGGCUGCAGAGAUGGUCAACGAUUUCCGUGAAAACCUGCUGAAAUUCCUGCGGAGCAACAAGGAUCAGCCCUUCUUCCAGUCGGCUGACUUCCUCAACACUGGCAGCUACUUUGAGAAGGUUAAGAUCCACAGCCCUGAUGAGUUUGACAUGAUGCUGAAGCUUCAAGCUCCAUCACCUCUCAAAAUGACAGCGCUUGACAGCGGAGUCUUCUACCACAUCGAGCUGAUGCGGCCCACUCGGACCCCAAUAGAGGCCUUUCUUCUGGAGGACGAGCGCACGGUCUCAUCAAGCAAGAUCCUGAGUGAGAUGUACCGCCUGGUUCGCAAAUUCCUCAAGAGCUAUAAAGUACCUGAUAAACGCUGUCGCUGGGAGGUGAACAGGAAGCAUCCGACCUCGCCAGCUGUGACUUUGUCUCUGCUCAGAACAGAGAACGACACGGAGGAGCUGAUCUCUGUGGACGUGGUUCCUGCUCUGGAGGCUCACCCAACUCAGGGCUGGCCGCCCGCUGCCCGUGAUGGCCCGGAUGUGGGCAGCUGGCUGGGGAAGAAGGUUCGCCAAGAAAUCAAAGGUCUGUCGUGUUUCUUUGUGCCAAAGAGACUCAAAGGACGAAACCUCAGCCAGAACGCCAAAGAAAGCUGGAGGAUUUCUUUCUCUCAGAUUGAGAAAAAAAUUAUCAUGUGUCAUGGGAACACAAAAACCUGCUGUGAGACUCGCGCCAACAAGUGUUGCCGUAAAGAGUGCUUAAUGCUGCUCAAAUCUCUGAUUGAGAGUCUGAAACAGUGUUAUCCCAAAGAUCUCGACGACCUCUGCUCAUACCACGGGAAGACCACCUUCUUCCACACACUGUCCAAGAGGUACAGUGACUCCAUGUGGGCUCACCAACGGCUCCCAGUCUGCUUCCUGCAGCUCUUAGGGGAUCUAGAGGACCAUGCACGGAAAGGCAACCUCCCUCACUUCUUUGUCCCUGAAUGCAACCUCUUUGCUCCAGCCAUCUUCCCCCGCAAAUCACUGGCUUUCCUCGUCAACGCCUUGGAGAAGCAGAGGCAGGAGGGCCUGCCCCUGCUGAAGCCUCCAACUCCUUUCUCUCCAUGGAGACCAAUGAGCUCUGCAGCAGAUGCCCCCUCUUUGCUUACUACAACUCAGUUUCUAGACACUGCAUUUAUGAUUAAACUAGUCCUCAUUACUGUAGUUUUAGGCUUUGCCCUUUCCUUUGUGUUUAAAGGGGAAUGAGGAUGUGCACUGAAUAUUUAAAAUAGUACAACCUCUAAUACCCAAAUCCCUGUCAUAGCUCAGAAUGACUACCUAGCUUUCCAGUCUCUAGCGUAACAUCUUCCCAGACCCCUUUUAAAUUCACUGACUGCAAUAACAGACAUAACUUUGUUAACUAAAACACUCACAACAUAACUUUAACACUACUAUAGAUUCUGAAAUUAUUUCACUGAGCCCAUUGCAAUAAUUUGAAUAAACUAAUAAUGUUUAUUCUGUGCUAAUUUAUCAGUGAAAUUACUGAUAGUAAUUUUGCAAUUUUUAUUCCUUGUUUGUUCUCUUACUUUUUAUUUCUUUAAUUAGCAACAAUGUGAUAUCAUCUCUACUGUGGAAACAUUUCUUGUUUUUUGUGUGUUUGUGUGUGUCCGUCUGCUUUAAUUAAAUUCACUUUUUGCUUUAAUUAAAUGUGUUUUGGUACUGCAUUAUGUUGUAAAUGUCAGUGUACUGCAAAUGUUUGUAUAGAAAAUAAAGUUGCUUAUUAAUACAUUUUCCUAUUUUAACUAAGGUUUUAUAUGAACCUCAGCAGCUUGUCUUCUCAGUGUAAGAAGGAAGAGGCACAGUAUGUAGGUGUCAAAUCCACUGACACACGCACACAAAAGACUGCGGUCAAAUCAGCCGCCGUUCAGUUUUCCGUGGUCAAGCCAGCCGCGCUAGAAUUUGAAGUGCGCCUAUAUACUCUAUAUACUUACAUUUACGGUAAAGGUAUUGAAACGGGCCAAACCUCGCGAUUUUCAAAAUAUAAUACCUUAACUCCAAUGCUGUAUUAUUUAUGAACUUCCAAGUUUAAUAAAAACACUUUUUUUUAAUAUU